GCAAGCUAGGUACGUGUGUCUCUAAAUCUGACACUUUGCAAAGUGUGCUUUCUUUUCCCGCCUCGUCGGAUAAUGACGUCACACUCUCACUAUCCAUCAGAGUUGGACGCCGACUCGGUGGCCUCCUCUCCUCGCUCCGAACACUUCCACGAGCCGCUGCCACGUGUCCGCUUCAUGUGCAGCUUCGGCGGCAAGAUCCUCCCCCGUCCACACGACAACCAGCUCCGAUACGUCGGCGGCGACACCCGAAUCGUCGCCGUCCAUCGCUCCAUCUCCUUCUCCGCUCUCCUCCUCAAGCUCUCUAAACUCUCAGGCAUGACUAACAUAACGGCGAAGUACCAGCUUCCCAACGAGGAUCUCGACGCGUUGAUAUCGGUGACGACGGAUGAAGACGUGGAGAACAUGAUGGAUGAGUACGACCGCGUGGCACACAAUCAGAACCCACGAUCGGCUCGGCUUCGACUCUUCCUCUUCAACGAAGGCGAAGACUCUCGAGCCAGCAGCAUCAGCUCGCUCCUAAACGGCUCAGCCAACCGCGAGAACUGGUUCCUCGACGCCCUAAACGGCGGCGUUUCGGGGCUCGAACGAGGCCGCUCCGAAGCCUCUUCAAUGGUUUCGGAAGUACCUGAUUACCUCUUCGGGUUGGAUAACUCAGACGAAACACACCACCACCCUCGCGAACCACGACCCAAGGACCGACCCGUUUUCCAUGACAACGUUUCCAAUUCGGAUCCGGGUUCUCCUGCCCCGGUUCUCUCUUCCCCUUUUUGUUCCACGUCAUCAGUACCCUGCGUGCCCUCUAUCCCGAACCUUCCACCGGUUAAAACCAAACCCGCGAACCCGAAUCCUGACAUGGAGUUCAAGCAAAAUCAUAUUGAAGCUGAAACGGGUGGGCAACCGCAACCGAACCCGUACCAACAUAACCCUGUAGUACACUAUUCCCCAGAAGCUGCUUAUUCGGGUCAUUCUGUACAACCGGUUCCUGUUUACUAUGUUUCGGGUCCGGUUCAAUCUGGUACUGUACCGGUCCAACCGGUUCCUAUUCAGUCACCCUAUCCCUACGUUCAACAACCAUAUCAUGCAGUGGUGCAAGGUCAGGUUCCAAUUGGGUACCAUCAUUUGGUUUCGGGUCCGGGUCAAGUUUUCGGUGCAGGGGUGAGGCAUGUGACCCCAAUGCAUCCAUAUGAGUCGGCGGUUCACGGCGGUUUGAACCAGCAGGUGUACCAAGCCAUGCCAAACUCAGGUAUGGUUCCGGUUCAUCCAGCGAUGGCUAUGACAGGUAGUAGGGACGAGACAGAUAGAGGUGGAGCGGAGUUUGUGGCGGGUCGGGGCACCAACUCGCUAAAUAACUGAACCAGUUUUUUUUGUUUAGCAUUUGCUAAAUUGCUUUGAUCGUGUAAAUGGUUGCUUAAUAUUUGUGUGUUUGCACUUUGCACUAUCAGUUUUCGCUGCUUCUUUUUUGGUCAAUGCAUAAAAAGCCAAGAAUGAUAUAUUUCAUAAAAUUGUUUGAACAAGUAAUUUAAU